AUGCUGCGCGGUUCUCUUGCGUUGUUCGUUUUGAUUGCGAUUGUGUCCGGUGCUGCGGCGACCUUUGGAUACGGUCUGCUAGGUGGAUCAGGGUAUAACGGCGGAUACGGUGGAGGAUACGGUGGAUACGGUGGAUAUGGUGGUUACAACGGGUAUGGAGGCUAUGGAGGCUACGGAGGAGGCUAUCAACCGUACGGCUAUGGAUAUGGAUAUCCUGGUAAAUAUGGCGGUUAUGGUGGAUACGGUGGCUAUGGAGGUUAUGGCGGAUACGGAGGAUAUGGUGGAUACGGAGGUUACGGCAGUGGAUAUGGUGGAUACGGAGGAUUCAGACCAUACUUCCGAUAA